CGAAGCUGAGUCCAUAGAGAACCGAAGCUGUAUGGCAUAAGUUCCCAAACCUACAAAACCCUCUCUUUAAAGCAGACGCACACUUUAUCAUUCUCUUUCUCUGUUUUGAAACUCUCUUCUCUUCUCUUAGCCCAAUGGAAGACGACGACGAGUUCGGAGAUUUAUACACCGACGUUCUCCGCCCCUUCGCUUCUUCGCCCUCAUUAUCCUCUGCGCCGCAGCCCCACCAACCUUCCCCUGCGCCCCCCUCCCUCGAUCUCAGUCCCAAUCCGGACGAUGCACAGAUCCCCUGCGAUGCGCCCCACGCUAAUUCCCCUGCACCAACCAAUCCCCUCCCUGAGCCAGACCCACGCGAAGCGCCCACGGAGCCGCCUAAAAUUCCGGACGCCAAGCCUACGACGGAUUCAAACCUCGCCGCCGCCGCCGUUGCCGUUGAUCCGAUGGACAGGGAGGUGAAAUUCGACAUCGAGGAGGACGAAGAAGACGGCGGAGAGCCGGUUAUUCCGGGGCUUACAGGCGAGUUGGCAGCGCCGACUGAGGGCGAGGGCGAUGAUUGGGACAGCGAUAGUGAGGAUGAUUUGAAGAUAGUGUUGAAUGAGAACAACCACAUGGCCAUGGAAAGAGGAGGGAUGGCGGAUGGUGAUGAGGAGGAGGAGGAUGGGGAUGAGGAGCUUGUGAUUGUGGCUGGCGGCGAUCCGAAUCAGGGCGCGGAGGAGCCGGAGUGGGGCGAGAAUGCCACCCUGGCCGCCGGAGACGGCGAGAGGAAGGAUGCCGCCGGGGAAUUGGCCAAGGCCGGCGGUGCGGCUGUGCCCCCGAAGAUUGGGUAUAGCAAUCAAGGAUAUCACCCCUUUCAUUCGCCUUUUAAGUAUCAGUAUGUUAGGCCUGGUGCAGCACUAAUGCCUGGAGCUGCUGCUUCUGCUCCAGGAGGGCCUCCUGGUCAGAUUCGUCCUCUUGCUAACAUGGCUGGUCGAGGCAGAGGGGACUGGAGACCGCCUGGAAUAAAAGGUGGUGCUGCUAUGCAAAAAGGUUUUCAUGCAGGUCCCGGAUUACCUGGUUGGGGCAACGGUGCAGCAGGGCGGGGUUUUGGUGGUGGAUUGGAAUUCACACUUCCUUCUCACAAGACUAUAUUUGAUGUAGAUAUUGAGAAUUUUGAGGAGAAACCGUGGCAAUAUCCAAAUAUUGAUACAUCAGAUUUUUUCAACUUUGGCCUGAAUGAGGAGAGCUGGAAAGAUUAUUGCAAACAGCUGGAGCAACUACGCUUGGAGUCUACAAUGCAAAGCAAGAUCCGUGUUUAUGAGAGUGGUCGAACAGAGCAGGAGUAUGAUCCAGACUUACCCCCUGAAUUAGCUGCAGCUACCGGUAUACAUGAUAGUCCCGUGGAAAACACAAAUUCUCUAAAGUCAGAUGUCGGACAAAGCGAUGUUAUGAAAGGUUCUGGGACUGGACGUGUGCGACCACCACUACCAACUGGUAGAGCAAUACAGGUGGAAGGUGGUUAUGGUGACCGGCUUCCCUCCAUUGAUACCCGCCCUCCCCGAAUCCGCGAUUCCGAUGCUAUCAUUGAGAUUGUUUUACAGGAUACAGAAGAUGACCAGUCCUCUGCAGGAGUUGCUCAAGAUCCGCCAGAGGGUGGAGAACCCCAUAGAGAGGAUUUUAGAGAAGACCAUGUAGCUGGAGAUGAAAUUCCAAGGUUGGAACCCGAGUAUUUUGAUGGUUUUCCACAGGUUUAUAAUGGUCGGAAGAAAGAGAUUGCAGGAAGAAGAAUGUCAUUUAUAAAUUCCAGUGCUGCUAACAUGCCUAAUGGAGAUGAAAAAUUGUUCUUCCCACAGGAAGAGCCGAUUGAGUACUCUGGUUCAAAGGGCCAAAAUCGUAGGUCCUAUGGUGGCAAUUGUAGCUCCUCUCAUGACGAAAGGCAGAUGCAAAGAAGAGUGGGUGGUCAGUCUCCUUCAAUUACUCCCAUUCAAGAAUUGGCAACUGAUAACAGUCUAAAAGAAGAGUCAGCAGAAAGCAUGGAAGGUAGACAUAGAUCAUCCCCUGCUGUUAAGGAUAUAAGGGAGUCCAGUGUGGAGGAGAAGGAUAUUGAACUUGAGGAUACUGGGACAGCUGAUGGAAGUUCCAGAUUGGAAAAGGAGGAAACAGUAGACAAAGUAGAUGCCCUUGAGGAUGGGGUAGCAAAGAGACAGAAGUUGACAUCUCGAGUUGAGCCACCUUUGCUUGAUGAAGUUGAUGAUUGGGAGGACUCAAAAGCUGCAAAAAGUAGUGAUAACAGCAAAGCAAGAUCAGCCAGCAGUAGGGAUAACCAAAAGCGGCGAGAGGGUUUUGAAGAGGAAGUAGUUCAAGAUCCACGAUCAGCACAACUGAGUAGCAUCAGACAGCACCCGGAUGAAAUUGAGCAGGGAUUUUAUAGAAGAGAGCAUGAUGCAAAGCAAGAACCCGGAAGAAAUCUCAUGAUGCUUAAAGGCAGAGAGAGACCAUACCCUUACAAGGACCGGCAUCCUAGCUCAGCUACUCAGUUGAACACAAAUGCUGAUGGAUUUGAUGGACAAAAAGAAAGGGACAAUUCUGAAAUGGAUUGGUCACGAAGAGAUGAUGAUCUCUAUAACAGAAGGGUUAGAAAUGAUGAACCUAGAAAGAGGGAUAGGGCUAAGGUUCGAGAAAAUGAGAAAAACGACAAAGAAGAUAGCCUUCAUUCAAGAAAACAGUUGGAUAAUGGUAGCUACAGGGUUUCCUAUGAAAAGGAUGUUGGGUCUAGAGACUCAAGACAAAGGGAAAGAGAUGAGGGCUUGAGGAUUAGGUACGAAGCAGUAGAGGAUUACCGUGGCAAGAAGAGGAAGGAUGAGGAAUAUCUUAGGAGGGAGCAUAUUGACAAAGAAGAAGUUCUGCAUGGCUACAGGGAAAUUGCUAGUAGUCGGCGCAGACGAGAAAGAGAUGAAGUAUUGGAUCCACGAAAGAGGGAUGACCUGCAAAGAGCUAGAGAUAACCCUGAUGAUCAAUAUGCUACUAGGCAGAAAGAUGAGGCCUGGGUACUGAAGGAGAGGGGUGAUAGGCAGAGAGAUAGGGAAGAGUGGUGCCGGAUGAAACAGUCCCAUGAAGAACACCUACCCAAGCGUGAAAGAGAAGGACGGAGUUCUGUAAGAAGUGGACGAGGGGCUGAACAUAAACUUUCUGAGAAAGAAUACCAAUCCCGAGAAGCAAUGCGACACAAUGACCAAUUGAAGAGAAGGGAUCGAAUUCAGGAUGAAAGUCCACAUCAUAAGGGGCGAGAUGAUGCUUCUGCCCGUGGAAAUCAAUAUACUACUGAGGAAAGGCGAUCUAGGCUAGAAAGGUCAAGUAGUCGUAGUGAUCGUGUUGCUAAUGUUUCUGAUAACCAAAAAGUCAAGCAUAGAGAAGGCUCAAGGAAAAGCAAAGAACGUGAUGUUAGUGACCUUAAUAGUUUAGGCCUGUCCAAGAGAAGUCAAGAAAAUCAAAGUGGUCCAACCAAUGAGAAGGGCUUGAAAGGAUCUGGUGAUGAAGAGCGUGCUGAGCAUGAAAUUUCAGGGCAUCGCCUGUCAAGAAAACAGCGGGAAGACAUGUCUUCAGAUGAUGAACAGCAAGAUUCUCGCAGAGGACGUUCUAAAUUGGAACGCUGGACCAGCCAUAAGGAAAGAGAUUUCAAUGUCAACAAGUCCUCUUCUUCCUUGAAGUUCAAAGACAUUGAUAAGGAUAAUAAUGAUGCUUCUUCUGAAGCUGGGAAGCCUGCGUAUGAACCUGCUAAAACUGUUGAUGCUGAUAACCAACAUAUCUUGUCAGUUGAAGCAAGGGAUUCUGCAGAUAUGGAAAAUAGGGAUGCUGAUACAAAAGAAUCAGGGGAUCGGCACCUUGACACAGUUGAGAGGUUGAAGAAGCGAAGUGAGCGGUUCAAGCUCCCAAUGCCUAGUGAAAAAGAGGCCCUCGUCAUCAAGAAGUUAGAAAGUGAACCUCUGCCUUCUGCCAAAAGUGAAAAUCCAGUAGUAGAUUCAGAAGUCAAACAAGAACGACCUGCCCGGAAAAGAAGAUGGGUUACUAACUGAAUAAGAAAUCUGGGGGCAUCAUUAUUUUGCCGGAGAGUCUAAUCUAAUCUAGUUUGGCCCAGGGAAAAUUUCAGCUUGGCCUGAUUUUUUUUUAUGAUUCUAGAACCUUGCAAGCCAGCCAUGCUUAGUAUCUCUAUAUCUAUGGAACGUUGAAAAUGGCAUCUAUAGGGUUUGGGACAAUUUGUACUUCAGUAAUGUCAUCUUGUAAACCUUGCUACCUAUACAUUUAUUGUACACUGUAUAUAUACAAGUAAAAUGUAAAACAUGAACUGCCACUACAGGUAGCACAUAUUUUGGGUGUCCAAAUAUGGAUCUUACCUAGAUGGAUCUGGGUAAUGAGAAUUAUUGGUGAACGUUACCAAGGUUGGAUGCAUUUGACAUUCAGAAACAGCUGGCAUGGCUGGUAGGCAUUGAGCCUGAUACUGGCACCUUCCACUUGAGGACUUAGCAGGUCAAAGCUUUUGGAAAACAUCUUGGUGAAGGGCUAUCCAAAGAAAAGCUUUUGGAAAACAUCUUGGUGAAGGGCUAUCCAAAGAAAUGCAUGCUGCUUGCUUCUCAACGUGUUUCUUUAAAUUGAAUUAUAGAUGCCAUGAAAUUAUUUUCUUUGUUGUAGACUUUAAGCAAGUACGGAUUACUCAUUUCUCCCCCAUUUCUAUCUUUACAUUUUUUACGCGGGAAUCAGGAAACCUUAGCAAUGGGCCUUUGUUGUAUCUAGAGAUCAAAUGACAUGUAGUUUAGGUUGGGAAUUUCAACAGGUAAUGAAAGAAAGUAAAAGCAUAAUUUAUUGCCUUUGUCAAA